UUCCCUUGUACUCAUUUCUCCUAUCAUUUGCCUUCACUUCUCUCUCUCUCUCUCUCUCUCUCUCUCUCUCUCUCUCUAUGGCACCUGUUAGUCUCCCUCCUGGAUUUCGAUUCCAUCCAACAGAUGAGGAGCUUGUAGCUUACUAUCUUGAUAGGAAAAUCAAUGGAGGAAGAAUUGAGCUUGAAAUCAUUCCAGAGGUUGAUCUCUACAAAUGUGAGCCAUGGGACUUACCAGAUAAGUCAUAUUUACCAAGUAAAGAUAUGGAGUGGUAUUUCUUUAGCCCAAGAGAUCGAAAGUAUCCCAAUGGCUCAAGAACUAAUCGAGCAACCCGAGCUGGCUAUUGGAAGGCGACGGGGAAGGACCGAACGGUGCAAUCUCACAAGCAAGUAGUUGGCAUGAAGAAGACACUGGUUUAUUACAGAGGCCGCGCUCCUCAUGGCAUCCGUACCAAUUGGGUUAUGCAUGAGUAUCGUCUUGUCGACUCAUCAGUCUCUGACAACAGAUCACCUUUGAAGGAUGGUUAUGCACUAUGUCGUAUAUUCAAGAAAACAAUCCAAAUAACCAAAGCUAAGGAUGAACAAAAUGUGGUGGUCCUGGUGGAUCUUGAGAAAGACACACAUUGCGGCUCGGAUGAUUUGAUGGGUGACCCAAGUGUCAAUGACAUCUCCCAAAGGAAAGCUAUUGGAGAAGAGAAUUAUGGACAAGAUUAUUCAAAAUCUCCUGAUGAUACUUCCUCUUCGGAUGUCACUCAGGGAACACCUAAUGACAAUGGUGCUACAGAUGAUCUAAGUGUUCCUUUAGCCUCAGAUGAAGCAAAUAGUGCAACAAAUGCUUGCUCGGUCAGUGUGGAUCACUGCUCAUCUAAUCUAAGUCUAACAAAGGAUUUAACAAUGCCAAACUACACAUGGUUGCAACACCAGCUCACUUAUCCACCCUUAGCAUUAGAGGAUUUUCCACAGAUGGAUACAGUAGAGACAAAGUUAUCAUCAAAGCCUCAAACUAUGGAUGAAUAUUAUACGAUGUAUGAAAAGUAUAAUAUGUUAGAGGAUAUCAUCUAUCUGUGUUCUUCUCAGGAGAGGCCAGAAGCUCUAUCCUGGCCAGAUUACAGCCAUUUCAGCUACCCAAAACUGAGUGAAAUACAACUACACUUGGAUGACAGUGCAGGUUCCUCCCUGAAUUUUAAAGGAAGGAGCGACUAGAUGGAGGAUUGUUAGAGCUAGAACUGUGAGGUAGUAAUUAAGAUGAUAUUGACGACUUCAUGACUUAAGUACUGAAGUAUUUAAAUUAAAUUCCUUUCCUACAGAUACUAUAAUACUACGAUUCAUUUGGAUA